AUGAGGAUCAGAGAUAACUGGAACAGGCCCAUAUGCAGCGUCCCUGGAGCCAAGAUGGACCUGGUGGAGCGGCAUGGAGCAACAGUACGACUUCCUGAGGACAUUGCCCUAAAGAAAAAGUACAAAGCUUACCUGUACCUGGAUGAGGCCCACAGUAUCGGGGCACUAGGACCAAGAGGCAGAGGUGUGGUGGACUACUUCGGCCUGGAUCCAUCUGACGUUGACAUCAUGAUGGGCACUUUCACCAAGAGCUUUAGUGCUGCUGGAGGAUACAUCGGAGGAAAGAAGGAGCUGAUCGAUUACCUCCGGUUACACUCUCACAGUGCAGUUUAUGCUACCUCAAUGUCCCCACCAGUCACCCAGCAGAUUAUUGCUUCUAUGAAGUGCAUUAUGGGAGAGGAUGGCACCACAUUAGGUGAGUUUAGAAUUUUAUUCAAGAUCAGUUCUAAUAAAUAUUACUUGGGUGGAAUAAUCUUUGUGUGGGUUUUAUUCAAAAUAAUAUCUGUAAUGUAAUAGUCAAGCCAAAAU